GCAUCGAGGGUGCGGUUUCAGUUUUGUUCCCACGCUUCGCUUUCCGGUCGGUAGAGUUUAUUUAAACUUUACGCAUUCGUCCGUUUCGUCCUUACGAUCGUGUGCGACAUCACGAGGUGAUUAAAAACGAGGCGUGCAUCUGGACUCACCUCGCCCAAGUUUUUCCGAUACGUAAUAUCGAGCAGUGUACUCGACGAAGGUUAGGCUUGGCACGCGCUGUUACAACUCCUGCUCCCAGGUGGUGGGGGGAUUUGUACCCGUGAUAUGACCUUAGUGGGGCCGAAAGAGGAGAACGUCCUACCCAUCAUGCUGAGUGUGCAGCAGCAACAUCACCACCAUGGCCUUCACGCCACUUCAAGUUCGCAAACACACCGCGGCAAUGUGAUUGUCUCCACUGGCAGCAUGCCGACCGGCAACAAUACCCUACAACACGGAUGUAAGCGGUCCAAGAUCUACGGUCAGACUGCCGGGCCGUACGGCACGGUGCCGCAUCAACCAGCGUCAGUGGCCCGGCGAAACGCGCGAGAGCGCAACAGGGUAAAGCAGGUAAACAACGGAUUCGCCACUCUACGACAGCACAUACCGCAGACAGUGGCGCAGGCGCUCGGAAGCAGCACAGCCGGGGCUCACAGCGGAUCCAGAGCAGGUAGCAAGAAACUAUCAAAAGUCGAAACUUUGAGGAUGGCGGUGGAGUACAUCAGGAGUCUUCAACGCCUUCUGGAGGAGCACGACGGCGGCUCCGAGUCCAGUGGAUCCUCACCCAUUUCUUCGACGUCCUCCAAUUCGCCCGCGUGUGGUUCCGAGAACGGGAUCGGCUCCGAUUCCAACCUUCAUUCGGCAGAAAUGAGACUACGAGGUAGCAUCAGCGGAGAGAUCCGUCAUCAUGGCAGUCCACACAGAACUGACAUGCACCGGCAUCAACAUCUCAGGCAGAAUUCGAGCCCGACUUUCGUUCCAACGCCGUGCUCGGACGCGUCGAGUUCACCAACGCCAAGCUUCGUCUCGGAGACCUCGUCGGCCGGCAGUCAAGGUUACGGCACGUCAGGCACGCUCUACGCGACACAUUCCGACAGUUACGACAAUUACGAACCGAUGAGCCCGGAGGACGAGGAGUUGCUGGAUGCCAUAUCCUGGUGGCAGCAGAGCCAAUGAGCACUUUUACUACGUUGAUUCUGCCUUUGCGUCCUUCUCAAGCAAUGAUCAAAUGCAAAGGUACAAGUGGGUCAAAGAUAUAAAGCGAACAAGGGAAACAAAGGUAAUUGAAGAAAGCGGCUGUUGCACUAAUUACAAUCUAGUCAUAUUAUUCUUUUAUUUUUACUUUGUUGUCUAAAUUAAUGUAACACACUAUUUUCUCUUGUAUAAAUGCAAAGGUUCUUAAAAAACGUAUUAUUUAUAAGAAUGAUGUUGUAUCGAUAUCAAUCAUCUUUGAUGCAUCUUUAAUGCGAUUAGAAAUAAUGUUUAGAAAGUAUACAACAAAUGUAUUUGCAAUUUUUAAAUUACGCGGUCUUUUUAUUUCAUAAUUAUUUUUUUGUAUUUUAUUAUUCAAGAAUUAAUACAAGAAGACUAUGCUCAUACGAAAAUAAGGCGCCUGAUUGGCAGUUUAUUAUUUAUUCAGGAUGCCUUAUCUAUCUUAACGUCCUUAGAUUAUUUUCCAACUACUCAUUGCAUGAACAAAUAUUUCAAAAAAGUGUUGCACGAUUUUGAGGAAGAUAUAUAAAGAGAUAUGUCACAAUAUGUGUCACCGUAAAAUAUGAUGUAACUCGUAACGUAUUCAACGUUUUCACUAAUUUUAUCUGAAUGCUUUUACACGUGCAGAAUAAUUAAAAUAAUCGUAAAAAAUUAUGUGAAUCUAUUUGAAACAUAAAGAUAAUAUUUAAAGUCUGGAAGCGAUUCUAUACAAAACGCUUUCCUCGAAAUUAUUUAAAACGUUCUUUCGAUGAAAAAUUCAUCGAUAAUUUGAGGUCGUUAAGUUUUCGAAAUAGCAUCCGUUGAUAUGUUAA